UUGUGCUUGGAGAAACAUCUGGACAUCUCAUUGUUUAAUUUUCACAGUUUGAACUGUUGCUGAUUUCAAAAAGAACAAUUGUAACAGUGACUUUAUUAUCAUUUUAAAACACUGCUACACACCAAAAUAAUCUGCAUUAAUGGUGGCAUAUGUUUCAAUGGCAAAUGCUAGCAGUGCUCAGAAAGUGCCGCGCAACCCAAAGUGUGCAAGGUGCAGAAAUCAUGGGUUCGUGGUGCCGCUGAAAGGACAUUCAGGUAAAUGCCAGUUUUUCUCAUGCAAGUGCUGGAAAUGCUCCCUUAUAACCGAGAGGACGAAGAUAAUGGCAACACAGCGACGACUCAAGAAAAGUCAAAGAGAUGAGAUUGUGAUCAAGGAAAAUUUGGCGGUUGUAGCCAAUCAAGCUAACACUGCUACAGUUAAUGGCGAUGUGCUGGAUAGAGACAAAAUGAUCCAUGAAACGUUACAGGAGGCUUCGAACGCCAGCCGCAGGUCAGACGGUGCCACUCGCAUGCCAGCAGGAGAUCCUGAUGACAGGAAAACGUUCGUGGAGUUGGAGGUAGCUCCUCAUGCUUCAAAGGACCAUUUUACCAGGCAGACUACUGGUGGUGCAAUUGAUGUUGGAGUGAGGGAAGGCCGACCUCCUGGUCCAGUUUAUGGAGCGCGGGAUGUCCUCACAAUGAAUAGAAACUGCGGUGAAACGGUGGCAGAGAGGGUCCAAAAUAAUGUCUACAUGGGCGAAAGGAUGACCGUACCCCUACAUGUAUAUUCUUACCCAAACGGAUACGCAUGUCCUGCCAUUUUAGUCAACCUUCAGCCACAUGUGUCAUUCAAGGACCCAUUCACCUUUCGCCAACCUCAGUCUGGCUUGGCUUAUGCAGAUCCCAUCUCACCUCAGGAUGGUUGCAUGCCUGUAUUCACUCCAUACCCGAUGCCGUGUCCGGGGUUGCUGGAGGAGGUUCCCAUGAGACACCAUCUGCAUUUCCCACAACACAGGGAGUCUGGAGGAGGGAGGUUGUCAAGGCCCCACCUUGAUUCAGUUGAGAAACUGCAGGACAGCCAGGGCUUGGACAUCGUAUCAGUGGAUGAUUCUUCCCAGGACACUGCAUGAGGAGGGAUUUGAGAUGUCCUGACAGCAUGAGCUCUACAUUACAGUACUUAACUUGAAUCAGUUAAAUCACUUUUAUCAAUUUUAAAUCGAAACUUGAAAACUUUGCAAUCUGAAAAUUAUUGAAUGAAUGAAUUUGAAUCACAUGUUGGCACAUGUUUUCCUUAAGAGAGAAUUCUAAAUUAAAAUAUCUUUGAAAACUUGUAGCCAAGAGGCAUUUGAAAUCACUAACAGAAAAGAUAAGAACGAUUAUUCUAAAACACUAGACAUGCAUGCUGAAAGGGGCAUGGUUUCAUUUUUUCUGUUCACAUCUGACGUUCUCAAAUGUAUGAUGCAAUACAAAAUGUGUUAUUACUGAAUUUAAGAUUAAAGCACUGUUAAACUG